AUGCCGCCAGUCCCAGGUAUAGAGGCUGCUGCUCUAGGUGCUAGUGAGUCUGCUGCCCUAGGUGCUGGUGAGUCAGCUCUCUCUGGUACUGCGUCUGCUGCGGCCCUGCACACCUUCACGCUUGACUCAGGUGCCUCCCGCUGUUUCUUUCGCGACAGUACCACAGUCACACCGCUCUCUGCACCUGUUGCUCUCUCUUUGGCUGACCCCUCUAGGGGCCCAGUCCUUGCACGUUCCUCCACUGUUGUGCCCUGUCCGGCGGUUCCAUCUAGGUCUCUGCCUCCCCUCCCACCCUCGCCUGCCCCUCCCUGCCUUCCCUGUGUCGUAGGGUGGCAGCGCGCCGCUCCUCACUCCUCCUCGUUCCCCCCGACAGAGGCUCCCCUGCAGACUCUCCACCUGGACGUGUGGGGCCCAGCCCGCGUCCGUGGACAGGGCCACGAGCGGUACUUUCUGCUAGUUGUCGACGACUACUCGCGUUACACCACGGUCUUCACCUUGCGCCGCAAGGGGGAGGUCCCUGAUGUUCUGAUCCCUUGGAUCCGCGCUGUUCGUCUCCAGCUCCGCGAGUGGUUCGAGACGGACCUUCCAGUCCUGCGUCUGCACUCUGACAGAGGUGGUGAGUUUUCCUCCAACCUCUUGCGGGCCUUCUGUCGUGUGGAGGGCAUUCGCCAGACGUUCACGCUUCCGGCCUCUCCGCAGCAGAAUGGGGUUGCUGAGCGCCGCAUUGGCUUAGUCAUGGAGGUCGCUCGUACCUCCAUGAUCCAUGCGGCUGCCCCCCAUUUUCUGUGGCCAUUUGCAGUCCCGUACGCUGCGCAUCAGCUCAACCUCUGGCCCCGUGUCUCCUUGCCGGAGACCUCGCCCACACUGCGUUGGACGGGGAAGGUUGGAGAUGCGUCAGUGUUCCGGGUCUGGGGAUGUCGAGCCUUUGUCCGCAAUACGUCCGCGAACAAUCUCUCCUCCCGCGCCGUUCCCUCUGUCUUCCUUGGCUUUGUCCCUGACGCGCCUGGCUGUCCUCCUCCGGUAGACCCCCUCCCCCCUCAGAGUCCUGCUCCCUUAGGUGUGUCCCAAGAAGACCCUAUCGAGCCUGUCGAGGUAGCUGUCGACUCUGGUGCUGCUAAAGGUGCUGCGUCUGGGGGUGCUGCGCCUGCGGGUGCGGGGCCUGGGAGUGCUGAGCUUGAGCGUGCUGAGCCUGGGGUUGCUGAGUCUGGGGAUGCGGAGCCUGGAGGUGCUGAGCCUGAGCGUGCGGAGCCUGGGGUUGCUGAGCCUGGGGGUGCUGAGCCUGGGGGUGCUGAGCCUGGGGGUGCUGAGCCUGAGGGUGCUGAGCCUGCGUGUGCGGAGCCUGGGGGUGCUGAGCCUGGAGGAGUGGUGCUGCUGGAGCUGGAGCUACUGGAGGUGCUGGAGCCACUAGUCCCGGAGGUGCUCGUACUGGAGGUACUGGAGCUGCUGGGGCUGGAGGUGCUGCUCGAGCCACUGGAGGUGCUGCUGGAGCUGGAGCUGCUUGAGGUACAGGAGCUGCUGGAGAUGGAGGUGCUUCUAGAGCUGGAGUUGGAGUUGCUGCUGGAGCUGGCUCUUUUGGAGGUCCUGGUGCUGUCGGUGCUGGUGCUGGAGGUGCUGUGCGGCCGCGACUCCUUCCCGCUGCCUACUCCUUCUCCUUACACUGAGCAGCCCGGAGGUCUUACUGAGCGUCGUGAGCCUGCGUCUCGUCAUGCGUUGCCUGUUCGCGCUGGUCGCACUGGUCGUCGUGUUCCGCGUCCGCGUCCUCCUCCUGUCCCCGGCACGCACCAGAUGGCACUUCGUCCUUCCUCUGUUCCAUUGCGUAUCUCUCUGCCAUCUCCCCCUGCGUCCUCCCUUGCUGACGGUCCGAACCCGGAGUCUGACUCCCUUCAUGCUGGUAGUCCUACUGUCAUGUGUCUCCUGGCCACUCUUGUCACUGACCUUUCCUUUGAGUCCACUGCUGCAUCUGCCUUCGUUGCCGAGCUUGUCGACUUUGCUGCUCGCUGUCGUCUAGACUACGCCGCUAGCCUUGUUGCCGAGUCAGAGCCUGUCUGUCCUACGUCCGUCGAGGGUGAAUGUGCUCUUGGCACGGACGUUCUUGAGGACAGGCAGGAGGACUUUGAGUGCUUUGUAGCUGCUGUACCUCAUCUCAUGUCCAUGCUGAUUGCACCUGAGGGAGACCCGGAUGCACCAAACAUCCCGACCCCGCGCUCUUAUGCAGAGGCGAUAGAGGGUCCCUACUCCUCUCAGUGGCAGUCAGCCAUGGACGCAGAGAUGGCAUCCUGGAAGUCCGCAGGCACUUACGUCGAUGAGGUUCCCCCACCUAGGACGAACAUCGUCAGUGGCAUGUGGAUUUUCAGGGUGAAGCGGCCGCCGGGUUCUCCGCUUGUCUUCAAGGCGUGUUACGUUGCACGAGGCUUCAGUCAGCAACAUGGAGUUGACUUCUUCCAAACCUUCUCCCCUACCCCGAAGAUGACCACUCUUCGGGUGCUGCUGGACGUCGCCGCUCAGCGUGACUACGAGCUUCACUCUCUUGACUUCAGCACUACUUUCCUACAGGGCAGCCUGCACGAGGAGAUCUGGCUGCGCUGCCCACCUGGUUUCAUUGGGUCGUUUCCUGCAGGUACCAAGUGGAGCCUCUGGCGGCCAGUCUACGGUCUCCGCCAGGUGCCUCGCGAGUGGCACGACACACUGAGGACGACUCUUGCGGCUCUUGGGUUUGCUCCUUGUACUGCUGACCCGUCGCUGUUUCUGCGUACCGACACUUCGCUGCCGCCGUUCUACAUCCUCGUGGCCUACACCAAGUGA